AUGAGAACAGCAUCACUCUCGCCAUCACCUCCACCACCCCCGCAAGCAGCACUGCCACAACCGGCGGUCUUUCCAACCUUUCCCACGAAAAAAAUAUUUUCAGAAUACCAGAAAAAAUUUGAAUACAUUUCUAGAGCAUGUUCAGAACUUGCAACCGGAUUUCAGCAUUUACGAGAGGCCAUUGACAAUUUACAAGAUAAUAGCUUCUUAGGCGGUGGCGGUGGAAGCAUGGGAUUUGGUGGUUUUCAGCAUGAAUACGGAAAUAUUAUGAGUGAUUUAGCGAAUUUUAUGCCAUUGAGGCCUGGCGCAGGAUUCAGUGCAUUUAUGGGUAAUCCACCACCACCUCACCCGAAUUUUUCUCAUAAUCCGCCACCAAAUUUUUAUCAGUUUCCUGAUACUUGGGACAGAAAAACGGUUCAUCAUCCAUAUCAACGCAACAACUCUUCAUCGCGCCCACACCAACAAUCCUCGUUGCAAUCAAACAGCAAUGCCAAUAACGGUAACAGCAAUUACGAUCGAAAAGGCAAGCAAAAAGCAACUUCUAGACGCAGGGCUUCUUACAAUGCACCCGCAAAUGCCUAUUCCGGCUACACCGAGAUCGCAUUCCAGCGUAACGACACUGGCACCUGGUCCGAGAAACAAAGACGUAAACUAAAUGAAGUUUUCAUUCGUUACUAUGAACGAAGAAAAGAAUUCGAACCAAUUUCUUAUGGGAAAUUAGCCGACGAGUUAUUGGAACUAUGUGGCACUGGCACACCGAGUAUCACGCAUCUUGAUAAACAGCUUGGGCGGUAUUUGAUGGGAUAUUCGGUGUCGAAAGAUCCGGUGGUGUUAGAAGCAAUUCAAGCUUGGAUUGAAAAGGAAAUUCAGAUCCAUGGCGCAUUGUGA